CAAGUCUCCCAGCCCUCCGAAAGACCUUCAUUUCAAGCGGUUGUGAUAGGACACAGUGGAAUGCUGUUUAUUAUUAUCAUAAUCCCUCUCUGAUUUUAUUUUUUAUUUUUAUAAUCCCUUGCUGAUUUUAUUUGCAAUGACUGUUAGAAAAGUUUUGUAGAAACCUUUAGCUGUUGCUAGAGACUAUGGAGAAACAUAAAUCCUUCCAUUCUGGAAACUGCCUGGCGUUUCUAGAUAGCUCUCAAGUGAAGGACCAAACAAAAAGUAGCAUGCAUGGGUCAUCAUUAGAAGACGCAGAAUGUCACCAGUCAAAAGAGAAUCUUCCUAAUGGAAACCUACAACCCAAAUCUGGGCGGAAUAUUCCCAGGAGACACACUGUAGGAGGCCCUAGAAGUUCUAAGGAAAUUUUGGGAAUGCAGAGCUCUGAUAUGGACAGAAAGAGAGAAGCAUUUCUGGAACAUCUGAAAUACAAAUACCCUCAUCAUGCAACUGCAAUCAUGGGUCACCAGGAACGACUGAGGGAUCAGGCUGUGCGAUGCAUGCUGGCCUCACUUCACUCCGAACUUGACAUUCAAAGGUACUUGAUGAAAAUUGAAUCCUCUCAGAGAACAAAAAGUCCAAAACUCUCCUCAAGCCCACAGCCAAGUCUGGUAGACCAGACGGAACAUCUUUCUGAGGCAUCUGCAGAUUCUGGAGACGCAAUGUUUGAAGGAGAAGCUACAGGGCCUUUUGUCAGGGGCAGCCGUACAAGAGCCAGCCUUCCAGUUGUGAGAUCAACCAAUCAAACAAAAGAGAGAUCAUUAGGUGUGCUGUUCUUGCAGUAUGGCGAAGACACAAAAAAGCUACAGAUGCCCAAUGAAAUUACGGGUGUAGACACAAUACGUGCCCUCUUUGUAAGUGCCUUCCCCCAACAGCUGACCAUGAAAAUACUGGAGUCUCCCAGUACUGCCAUUUAUAUCAAGGAUGAGGGAAGAAAUAUCUACUAUGAAUUAAGUGAUGUACGGAACAUUCAGGAUAGAUCCUUCCUCAAAGUUUACAAUAAAGACCCUGCUCAUGUGUUUAACCACACUCCCAGGACUGUCAAUGGAGACAUAAGGAUGCAAAGAGAUACUUCAUACCAAGGUCGAGAUGGCCCAGCAGUCCAUAGACCUGGGUCUGCAACAUAUUCAUCACAUGGAGGUCCAAUAUCUCCACCUCCUACACCUGUAUCCCACUCCAUGCCACCUUCUCCAUCACGGAUUCCUUAUGGAGGAAAUCGCCCAACAGUGGUGCAAAGCAAUACUACAAUGCCAAGGGAAAGGAUUCCAAGCUUGCCAGCUUCUAGGUCCAUAUCACCCAGCCCCAGUGCCAUUUUGGAAAGGAGGGACGUGAAACCUGAUGAGGAUAUAAGCAACAAAAAUGUGCAGCUGUUACGGAAUGAUGGCAUGUAUGCCGAGCCUUACUUGUAUCAUGAAGGACGGAUGAGUGUAGCUUCAUCACACGGAGGACAUCCACUUGAUGUUCCUGAUCAUCUUCUCACUUACCACAGGGCUGCUAUGAGAUCUGCAAGCACUUAUUCAAACUCUUCUAUGCAAAUGGAGUUGAUGGAGCAGUCCAUGUAUAGGCAAAAGACUCGAAAGCACUCAGAAAGUCACUUGCCAGCAUACGGCUCUAAGACACCCCCUGCCUCUCCUCACAGAGUGACUGAUAUGAGGAUGAUGGACAUUCAUACACAUAAUGCUCAUGUCCCUCCUCAUGCCGUCCAAACUGAUAGAUCUUCUCCUAUCCGGCAGUCCUUUAAAAAAGACCAAGGGCCGGGUAUGUAUGUAGAAGCUAAGGUGAGGAAUACUGCAGGGAUUUUGGGAAUGGCUGACAUUAUCCCGCCAUCUCCUGAAAAACAAGUAUUUGGGGUCUAUGGAGCACCUGGAUCACCAAAACAUACUUACACAAGAGAGAGGAUGCAAGCCAUGGAGAAACAGAUAGCCAGUCUAACUGGCCUUGUACAGACUGCACUUUUCAAAGGACCCAGUCCGAAUAUCUCUAAGGAUACACAUAGUGAAAAGGUUUUAAAGACUACACAGAGCAACACUCCAAGCACAGAUGUCACAGUAAAUCAGUCCAGUGGAAAGAACUCAUUAGCUAUUGUUGAAUCUACAUCCGUCAUUAGUCACUCGCCAUCAGUUGGAGCCACAGACAUGCAAAUGAGCCUGCACGGUAUGAGGCACAACAUAUCGGAACUUCGGCUUCAACUGCACAAAAUGAGGCAACUACAGCUGCAAAACCAGGAAGUGGUGCGACUGAUGAUGAAAAAGGCAGAGAUGGAAAUCAGCAGCAAAGUGGCGGAAAUUAUCAAGAAUCAGGAGGACCCUGUGCAGCGCCAGCGAGUCCUGGUGGAACAGGAGCGCCAAAAAUACCUCCAUGAGGAGGAGCAAAUUGUUCUGAAAUUAUGUGACUUAGAGCGUUUUGUGGAAGAACUUAAAAAAGACUCUGCCUUAAACAAAGAGAUUACGCUGAAAGAUGUGGAAGAUCGAGCAUUCCUAUUGCGUCAGAUAGGAGAGGCUGUGUCCAACCUCAAAGGAGAGUUUCCUUGUCUUCAAAAUAAAAUGCGAGCUGUCCUUAGAGUGGAGGUAGAAGCUGUCAGAUUUCUGAAAGAGGAGCCUCACAAGUUAGACAGCUUAUUAAAACGAAUCCGCAACAUGACAGAUGCCCUUUCCUCCUUAAGAAGACAUGUUACUGAUGGAUCUUCAAAGAACCCUGAUUUCAAUCAGAACACCCAGUAUAUCAUCAAAGAGAAAGUGAUGGAAACCGAUGCUCUUCAGUGCCAAGAGGAGAAGGCUCACAGCUACCUUCAGACUGCACAGGUAGAUGGGGGAGCUGCAUCUGCGUUAGAGUCUCCAACAGCCUCUGUGAAGUCAGAAGUUGUGCCCUUCUCUGCUGGCGUUAAAGUUCUCCAAGUACAGAGUUCUCCUGUUCUCAUACAACAGUCUCAGCAUUCUACAGUACUACUAAACCACCCUCCUAUCUCCAGUAACCAGAGCAGUCAGCCAGCAGAUGUAGUGCUAAUCCACCAGUCUACAAGUACACCAGCCACUGUGAUACAGGACUCGUCUGUGGGUUUUCAGCAAACUACAGCUACUCAACACAAUGGCUCUACCAUGCAAAGCCUUUUUAUUGAAGAAAUUCACCAUGCAAGCUCUAGAAAUAGGACAAUGUCAAUUGAGGAAGCAGAAAGAAAAUUUGAAGAAAAACGGCAAAAUCUUGACCAUUAUAAUGGCAAAGAAUUUGAAAAGAUGCUUGAGGAAGCACAAGCAAACAUCAUGAAGUCAAUACCCAGCCUAGACAUGUCUUCACAGUCUCACAAAGCAGAAACUGUAGACAAAUUAGAAGUCACAGAAGGAGGCCCUAACUAUGAACAGGAAAUUGAUAAAAUAACGAAAUCUCCACCUCCACCCCCUCCUCGUCGACUAUAUCCACCAGGAUCAGGGAUUAGCAACGUAUGGUCCUCAGAAACUUCCUACAUACUCAAGGAGACAAGCAAGGAUUCUAAUGAGGAAUUGCUUCCGGUACUGCCACCCAAAGCACUAAAAACAGAAGAUCAGAGUUUAAAUUCAAAGUUAGCUCAAGUCAAACCCUCAAUUGUAAAGGACGAUGAGGAGGAAGAGGAGGAGGAAGGAGUAAAGAUCAUGGCAGAGCUUCAGGCUUUCCAGAAAUGUUCCCUUGUGGAUAUAAAUUCAAAAAACCAAAGUGAGCAUUCCAAAUCAGAUAAUCAGGAUAAGGAAAUCAGACCUACAGUCCUAGCUCUCCAUAAGGACAAGAAGGUUUCAGGCUCAAUUUCAAAAGAGUGUUUAAAUCCUGAAAGUCCAAAAUAUGUUGAAACCACAGAGGACAAGCGGAAAACACAAAAUGCCAUUUCUGAUUCUGCAAAAGAUAGGGAGGGUGAUUCAAAUAUAUUGAAGGAAAAAUCUACCUAUAGUUUGUUUAUAGGGAGGGAUGUGCAGAGAGAAAGUUAUUCCAAGGCACUGGAAAAUCUUCAUGGGGAAAUUCCAUCAGAGAAACACACUAGUGGACAGGAAAGGAGGAUUGUUAGCUCUAAUAUACUAAGAGAAAAAGACGAAGAAAUAAUUGAAAGUAAGAGAGAAAAUUCAAGCUUGACUCUGCUUAAUGUUUCAAAUAAUAAAAAAAAGAAUGAGGUUUUAGAAAUCCAGGAUCCCCCUAUUGUGUCCAAAACAGUACAUGAGCAAGAUGUUCCUUACUUGGAUGUAGGCCAGACUGUUGUGUUAAGACAAAAAAAUUCAAGGAAGCCAGUUAGCCACCAUGCUGAAGAUACUGAUUUGGCAUCCAAAUCUCCAAAUGAGCCAAGAUCUCCAGCUGACAAUAUAGCCUUUAUGAUAACAAAAACAGAAGUUCAGGCUUUGUCCACAGGUGAAGUCCAAGAUCUUGUGAGCAGAAGAGGAGGAGCUGUACACACUGUUAAUAUUAAUGGAGAAAAUAUGGAGCAGUCUAUUUCUGGAAACACUGGAAUGUUAGGAUCUGAAGAUCCUGCUCUUACAGACAAAAAGCCAGUUAUUAUUAUAUUUGAUGAGCCAAUGGAUAUCAGAUCAGCUUAUAAGAGACUCUCAACAAUAUUUGAGGAAUGUGAUGAUGAGUUGGAAAAUAUGAUGAUGUCCGCAGGAAAAAUUGUAGAAGAGGAAGAAGAUGAAUCCUCUGACAUAUCCCCUUCACAAGAAGAUAGGUUUGAGAUAAGUGAGAAAGACAAUGCCAAUUCAAAUUCAGAAAAUAUAGUGUUAGACAAAAAAUAUAGAUUUAACUAUCCAUCUUUAGCAGAAAUAAAAAAGACUAGGUUUGAAGACAGUGGAAUUUCCCAAUCACAUCUAACAGAUGAAGAUAAAUCAGAUGCUUCCGAGGAUCAGUUUAGUCAAAGACAGGAUAAAAAGAAGUUCAAGUUUAAGUUCCCCAAAAAGCAUCUGGCAGCUCUGACCCAAGCAAUCCGUACAGGAUCAAAAUCUGGUAAAAAGACCUUACAGGUGGUUGUCUAUGAAGAGGAAGAAGAACCAGAUGGAACUGUGAAGCACCACAAAGAAGCAAAACGAUUUGAAAUCACAAGAACUAAAAGUAGUGAAGAAGGUACAAAAUUGAGUUAUGAUCAACCAAACCAACAGGAAGAGCUCAACUUUGAGACAACUGAUCAGGUGUCAAGAACUGAUGAAAUAAGGAAAAAUACAUACCGUACCCUAGACAGCCUCGAGCAGACCAUCAAACAGCUGGAAAGUACUAUAAGUGAAAUGACUCCUAAACCAGGAGCUGAUGCUGUAGAAGCCAAAGAGGACACCAAAACAUUACUCACUGCACAAAUUAAUACUAAAGAACUAUUAAUUGCAGAUGUCACAAAACCUAUUCUUGAGUCUGCCUCAUCAGUAACUACUACAGCACGUAAGGGUUCAAACGGAGCAGCACAAACGAGCAGAAUGCCAGUACCCAUGUCUUCUAAAAGUAGACAAGGAAAUCUGGAAAAGACAAACAAACAGCCAAAACUGCAGGAGUCUCAACGUCAAUACCGACAGGCUAACGGUGGUACUAAGAAACCUGGUGGGGAUUUUAAGGCUGCUUCCCCUACUUUAUCAUCCUCUAAAAUUCCAGCCCUUUCUUCUAUCACUGGGAAAAGCAGCUCUAUGUCUUCUCAGUGUAGUGAUGUCUCUAAUUCUUCUAAUACACCUAAGUUGAAUGUUCCUGCAACUAACUCUAAUACUCAAUCUAGCCGUACUUUUAACUCACCAUCCCUUAUACGUCCCGUCCAUAACGGUUCCUCUAAACUUCAGAGCCCUACGUACGUAGGUAAAGGUCACCACCUUUCCUUCUCACUGCAGACUUCAAAUGGCAAACCAUCUCCUUCCACUGCUGCUUCUUCCUCUGCUUCUUCUCCCCCUGCUUCUGUCUCUCCCACUUCACUGACUCAAGGUAUGAAGAGCGUCCGCACCAUCCACACACCUAGCUUCACCAGCUACAAGUCACAGAACGGAAGUGCAAGCAAAGUCCCCAUCCCAAAGGAGACAUCUUAACCUGUGCAAGUUCACGAAGACUAACAUUAGUUCUACCACUGUGUGUCGCCACUGCAAUAUUUUCCAAAGUGAAUUGCUUUUUAUGUGUAGCAUAACAGACUUAUCAAUUCCAGUCAACUUUGUUGCUGUUGUAAUUAUAUGGCCUUUUACUGGCCCUAAGUUUCUGUGAGAAACUUAAAUUUAGUGUGACUGUAUAUAUUCAUAUAUUGUAUGUCUGCAUGUGUGAGAUUUAGGAAGCAUGGACGAGAGAAAAAGAGACUGAGGUCGCAUAUUUUGUAUAAAAUAUUUUUGUUAAGGCAUCUGCGAGUAGGUGUGAGGUUUUGUCCGUGAAAUUGUUAAAUAUAUAUAUAUAUAUAUAAAAAAAAAUCUUUAAUGUUGGGUUCAAUUACUGAAUUCUAUUUUUGUCCACAGCACAUCAUUGCUUUAUUGCUCUUAUUUGCCAAUAUAUUUUGAUAUGUCUGUUACCCAAAAAGCUUCAGGGUGUAAAGGCAAUACCUAUAAUGGCACUUAGUGCACUGCCAUCUAGAUAUAUUUUAAAAUAUAUAGAUAUAUAGAUACAAUGAUGUAAUCGAUUACAAACUUUUAUUUUAAAUUUGCUUAUUUAUCAGUUCCUAUUUUACAACUGCCUGUCACAUCCUCAUCAUUUUUUUACUUAGUAAGGAGAGGGCUACAGUGUGAAUAAUUACAUCCUUAAGUGUACUGUACGAAUCUUCAUGAACGUGUGUGUAUAUAUACAUUCUUUAUACUUCUACAUUUAAAAAUAUACAAUGUUCUUUAUCAAAUAAAAUCUCAUCUUUGUGCAUGGUUUUAAAUAACGGAAAAGAAGAGAUGAAAAGCUGGAAACCUGUUUGCACAGAUUUUGUAAAUUAAUGAAUUUGUAUACUAACAUAAAAUAACGCAGAUCACUUUUCAAAACUCAAAAAUAAAGUGCUGCAUGCUUAUAUUUUUGUUUUAUUUUUGUAUUUAAUAUUUAAAGCAUUUACUUAAAAAAAAAAAGACAUGUUUUGUGUGUAGAAAUGACUUUCUCCAGUUUGCUCACUGAACAUUUGGUCACAUAGUAUUUCCAUGGUAUGUAUAAUGCUGACAGAUCUUUUUUUUUUCUCACAUAAUAUGUUUGAAAAUAAUAGCGCACAUUUUAAUUAAUUAUUUAAGACUGUUGUAUGUAGAUAAAUAUUAUUAGAGGCAGCAAGGGCCAUAUUUCCCAUUUGGAAGUGUAAGGACCUUGCCUAAAAUACUGGAAUUACACUCCCCUAUGUCCCUAUUGCUUCAGAACAUCAAAUCCAGAUCGCCUAUUUUACCUAGAAGGCAGAAUUCAUCAUUCUAAAUAGAUGUAUACUCUGCAUGUAGACUUGUAAUCCAGCUUUGUUAUGAUGACAAGUAAUUAGAGAACACAAUGCACAAUAAUAUCUGGGAGAUCAGAAUAUCUGAAUAGGAUCUUGAGAAGAACUGAUCAAAUUCCAAACAUUAGUCAGAAAACCCAGUCCCAUCUCUGGUUUGAAAGUGCAGCUGUAACAGUGGUUUAUAAAUGAAGAACGAUAGACUGAACCACACUUGCCAAUUUGUUUGGUACUAUAACAAUGAGCUUAUUUCUAUCUGUAAUUAAUAAUAAAAAGUGUUCAUUUUACAAAUGUUACCCCAAUACUUUUUAGCAGAUAAUUUCUCAAUGUAAAUGUAUGCAUUGAGGUUUGUUUUUAAUAUUGUUAUUGUAUAUAUGCCUAUAACCCGAAAGAGCACAAGAACUACCACCUUCUUCUUUUAGUUUGCAAAUAUUUGUGACAAUAAAUGUUGAACUUCUUGAAA